AUGUCUUCUGCAGCACCACUUCUGCUUUCGCCCAAGGAGGUCAACCUUCUCCAGCAGUCCCCAACCCCCAUCUCCAUACUUGACGCGACAUGGUUUAUGCCAAAUGUUGCGAGGGAUGCCAAAGACGAGUUCUUGUCCAAGAGAAUACCAGGGGCGCAAUUCCUGGAUUUGGAUGACGUCGCAAGCUCUCAUGAGCUUGGGUUGAAGCACAUGAUGCCGGACCAAAAAACUUUUUCUCAAGCUUGCGAAAAACUCGGAGUUACACCUUCAUCUCAUGUAGUACUCUACGACACCCACGGUGUCUUCUCCUCGCCUCGCGCUUUGUUUAUGUUUCGAUCUUUUGGGCAUCAAAAUUCAAGCGUUAUUAAUGGAGGUCUUCCACGUUGGGUUCACGAAGGUCUUCCGAUCGAGAGCAACUCCCCGACAAUGAUUCCUUCAUCUCAUUAUGCGCCGCCACACUUCGAUGUGCGAUCGAUCAGAGAUUACCAACAGAUAGUUGAGAAUUCAAGUUUAGACCCCCAAACAAACCCAGACGCGGAAAUUGUUCUUGACGCUCGAGCGCAUGGAAGAUACCUGGGGACUGUUCCGGAACCCCGCCCUGGGCUUUCAUCAGGCCACAUCCCAAAUUCUUUCUCACUGCCAUUUAACCUCUUCUUGCAGAAGCAAGGCACACCCGAUGGUGAAUAUACCACUUUUCUCCCUGAGCAAGAGCUGCGCGCUGCACUUGAUAACGUUGCGGGUGUGCAGUACGCAGAGAAAAUAAUUUCCGGAGAGAGACCCGUCGUGACCAGCUGCGGAAGCGGUAUGACUGCAGGCGUACUCUGGCUUGGCCUGAGUCUUCUUGGCGCGAAAAAUAUAGGUCUGUACGAUGAAUCUUGGACAGGAUAUGCGAUGCGGCCCUCAAGUAAAAUCGUCAAAACGGAGUAG